AUGUCUCUUAAGCGCAAAGCUUCGUUCACAGCCCUUCCGAACAGCCCUUCGGUGCCUGCCCCCAGUGAAUGGAACAUGGCAUUGGAUGGAAACACCCACCUACACAGUCGUACUCGAAAGCGCUUCAGAGACGACCGCCCCUGUGAAAAUGUCAUCUACCAAAACACCCUACGAUGGAUUUACUCCGCCCAAAAGCAACAGCAGCCACAGGCGACCGAAGACGAUACAAUGGAUUCCGAGCCGACCGUUGAGCCCGAGGUUGUUGAUCCCCGUCAGCAAACGUUACACCAGUUCUUCAAAGCUCCCCAGCAAUCAUCAACUUUCCGGCCAUCCCGCCAGGCUCUUGCACCUCGUGCGAAUGAAACAGCUCUAGCAGAAGAAGAAACGCGUUAUCGGGCAUUCAAUCAGAUGAACGGGGCAGGCAGCUCAAGCGCCAGUGAAAGCAAUAGCCCUGGGUAUACCCAAAUGGGCGCUGAUGUGGACAUGGAUAUGGACAUGGACACGGAUUGUGCAAGUGGGAGUGACGCGUCCAACCAGAUGCCUAACAAUUGGAUGGGACGAACGGCGUGGAUGUAG